CAGGCACAGUGCACGCUCUGUCAGUCGCUCUGUCAGUCGCGCACAUGCCAGGGUCCUCUCUGUCUACCUGACCACACCACUUGACCGCACGGCCACCCACCACGUCCGACUCCUGUCCAGAGAGAGAGAGAGCAAGAGAGAGAGAGAGAGAGAGAGAGGAGUGUGCGUGUGUGUGUGUGUGAGAGAGAGAGAGAGUGAGACAGAGAAGAAGAGAGAAAAGAGAAAAGAAAGGAGGAACAGAAGAAGAAGAAGAAGCGAGAGACGCACAGCAGUAGCGGUGGCAAGCAGCAGCUGUUCCCUCGCUCGCUCUCUCCUCUCCUCUCCUCCACACCUCCAAAACAGCUGCACCGUUUCUCUCUCUCCCUCUCUCCUUCUCUCCUCUCCUCUCUCCCUCUACCUUUUUUUCUACCUCCACCACUCUCUCUCUCUCUCUCUCUCUCAUUUCUCCCGUCUUCUCUGCCUCUGCUCGGACCAAUUAGAUCAUGAACCCAGCGGUCGGCAGUUGCUAAGAGGGGGGGACGCGCGCCAGGAGGAGUGAACUGGACUUCACUUUGUUGCCAAGGGAGAGAAAGAGACGGUAGGCCAGCAGGUCUGCAGCAGACCAGAGCAGAACCAGGGCUAGUCAUGGCAGAGGCCAGCCCAGAGCAACUGCCCACGACUGGGCUCACUGGAGCCGCACCGGCCCCUGGAGUCACUGGAGCCUCUGGAGCCACCGACCCAGACGAAGACUCCCCCAACAUGAUCGUCUACAGGAAGAUCGAGGACAUCGUCACCAGGAUACAACAUGAGACGGAGGGAGUGCCGAUCAGAACCGUCAAGAGUUUCCUGUCCAAGAUCCCCAGUGUUGUCACAGGUACAGACAUUGUGCAGUGGCUGAUGAAGAACCUCAACAUCGAUGAUCCAGCCGAAGCCAUUCACAUCGGAAGCCUCGUCGCCGCCCAGGGCUACAUCUUCCCCAUCUCUGACCACGUCCUAACACUGAAGGAUGACGGGACGUUCUACCGCUUCCAGGCUCCAUACUUCUGGCCAUCUAACUGCUGGGAGCCUGAAAACACAGACUACGCCAUUUAUCUGUGCAAGCGGACCAUGCAGAACAAAACCAGGCUGGAGCUGGCAGACUACGAGGCAGAGAACCUAGCGAGACUGCAGCGGGCCUUUGCCAGGAAGUGGGAGUUCAUCUUUAUGCAGGCUGAGGCCCAGCUGAAGAUCGACAGGAAGAAGGACAAGAACGAGAGGAAGAUUCUGGACAGCCAGGAGAGGGCCUUCUGGGAUGUCCAUCGGCCCGUGCCAGGGUGCGUGAACACCACCGAGAUGGACAUCAGGAAGUGCCGGCGCAUGAAGAAUCCACAGAAGGUGAAGAAGUCAGUGUACGGCCUCACAGAAGACUCCCAGUCGCAGAGUCCUGUCCACACACCCUCUCUACAGGGCAGGAAGGACACCAAGGACGACGUGAAGAAGGAAAUCCUAUUUUUGAAUGCCCAGUUGGACAGACAUUGCAUGAAAGUGUCGAAGGUGGCUGAAACUCUAAUGGGUUACACGGAGCAGUAUUUGGACUACGACCCUUUCUUGACCACGCUGGAGCCUUCCAAUCCGUGGGCCAGCGACGAUCCGUCCUUCUGGGACCUGGAGGCCAGCCAGAGAAAAUGGGGUUUCUCUCUGGACGAGGCCCUGAAGGAUCCGGCAGGCCGUGACCAGUUCCUCCGAUUCCUCGAGUCAGAGUUCAGCUCGGAAAAUCUGCUGUUCUGGCUGGCUGUGCAGGAUCUGAAGCGGCGCCCCCUACAGGAAGUUGCCAGCCGAGCUCAGGACAUCUGGCAGGAGUUUCUGGCCGAGGGCGCCCCGCGCUCCAUCAACCUAGACUCCCACAGCUAUGAGCGCACCAGCCAGAACCUCAAGGACCCGGGCCGCUACAGCUUCGAGGACGCCCAGGAUCACAUCUAUAAGCUGAUGAAGAGUGACAGCUAUGCGCGUUUCCUGAGGUCCAACGCCUACCAGGAUCUCCUGCUGGCCAGAAAGAAGCUGGAGACUGAACAGGGGCGACGGACAUCGCUGGAGAAGUUCACUCGCAGCGUGGGCAAGUCUCUGACGGGGAAGAGGCUCACCAGCCUCAUGCAGUCCUCUUGACCGGGGGCUGUCAUGGACUGACCAUGCCAGAAGACGUCACACUCAGCCACUGCCCUGCAAGAGAUGCCAAAGCCACUAGGUUGCCCCAAAGGGGGUGGAUGAGCUGGUGGUGACGGGGCAAGAAGGUGACCACUGCCACAAUCAACCCAACGUCUCCUUUUUACCCCCCUUAUGCCAUCCCAUACCAGUCCACCUUCUGUUUACAGUGAUGCUCCAGUUUCCAAUAAGCACAGUGCAAUAAGUCUUCAACAAAACAACUGAAGUCACUCGUCAGUCAGGCCUCCAGGCCAACUCAGACCUCUCUCACGCACACACACACACACACACACACACACACACACAUCCUUCAUGAAGAGUGCAUAGCCAAAACAUUUUCUUUUUCCACCACUUCAACAGAUGAAGUCAUAUUCAUAACAGUCAGAUUAUGGACUGGCAAUUUUAACCUUUUUUGGAAGGAGGGUUACACAAAGUGUGACGUUUUGGCUGAGGAGUAGGACCAUGUGCCCCAUGGCUUCAAAGCAUUCCAAAUGAGUGUGCCAAGGACCAGCGUUGCGUCGGUGUUGCAUCGAGCCAAGACCAACGGACAUUAGUGUUUGGGGUCCAUAUAACGAAGACUAAGUAACCAAGAAUGAUUUCUUUUUUAAUCGCAUUCAGAUUUUUCUUAACCAUGAGUCUCCAGGCAGCCAAUACAUGGCCAAUGUAAGCCUAUUAGAAAAGUGUUUCUCAGUAGGUUAAUAGGAAACAGCUCUGGAAAUAACUGCAUGUGUUCUUCAUGGGUCAAAUGUAUGUUCAUGGGUGUUCAAAUAUUUUGGACAGACGGUCAACAAGGUUGGAACACUUUUUGUGUGGUUUUGAACCAAUUAAUGCUUUAGCCCUGAUAGUCCAAGCUACAGGUGGAUCCAUCUAAUUGUCUGAUGACCUCAAUUAUACUGCCUGAUUCAAAGCACAAUGUCUCAACCAGGUUGUCACAUAAAGACCGGUGAGGCGUACAUGUACAACAUAAAUGUAUGUAACCUAUUUUACUCAAGGUCUGUCAAACCAUCUCCUAGAGACCAUGUAUUGAUGGCUUCAUCAAACUAUAUCAAGCAGGGGCCUUGGUAACAGGUCUACGUUGUCUUGCCUGCUUCUUUCUUUCUGUUCAUAGAGUUGUAAAUAGAUUCUGAAUGUAAAAUAAAGCAUAAUUCUAAUCACAGUGUUUAGAUUUUAUAAACAAAGGUUAUCCUAGCCUGAUGGAAACUGAGGGAUAAGACUGUUCCAAGCGAGUUGGCCAUGACCUAGUGUUUCCCAUACAUUGACUUAUUUGUGGCGGUCCACCACAAUAUCAACAUUGACCACCACACAAUGAUUUUCCAGAUUGUACUAAAUUGUGCUUAAAUCUGGUUAGCAUCAUAACCACGCUGUGCUAAUUUGUUAAAAACUGUUGUAUUCAAGUUAAUUCUGCAAACCAACCACCACAAAUGGAAUUCAAUUCUGUGGGAAACACUGUGUGGGCUGGAGAAAUUCAACCGUAGACUGAACCUUUCUAUGAAAAGGACACACAGGCCUCAGCUGACUCUCGUCUAAAAAUCUGUUCAGGCUACUCAGAAGUGAGAGUAGGAAAGAUGGCACUCUGUGCCCGAUUAGCCUACAGCCGAGAGACCGAGGACCUUCAGUUGCCACUAAAGGUGAAGAGAUUAUUUGCUAAAGGUGACUCACCUGGCAGCGUCAUUGACUUCGUGGUUUUUACGAAUGAUCACAACGGACACAUGGGUACACGAGUGAUUACCGUCCACCUGCUGUGUGCUGACAUGUCAUGUCAUCUGCAAGUUCGUGCGCAGCAGUGGGAGCAUCGAUUCUAAACCAAAUGUUUGUGGUUGACUACUGCUCUCUGGUGGCGAAGAGCUGUUACUGCCAUCAGCAUCUCUGAACGUGCUGUGUGUCACGACACUGAAUGGACAGACUGUUCCAAAGCCUUUUGAUGUUAAACCUUUCAUUAGAAAUGUAUUUAAAGGCACUGUGCUAAACUGCAUUGUAUAUCGUUGUAACAUGUAUUGGAAAAAAUAACUGGUUGGUUUGCAAGAGGACUCUGAGGAAUGAUUGUUGAAAAACAUGUAUACCGGGCACACAAGCCUACAGCAUUGUAUGCUGUAUAGAGCAAUGAAGGUACAGUAGGCUAGAUGCUCUAAUGUAGAGGCACACGUGCUAUGAAGGGCACACAACUAUGCAUGGGGUUAUAUCUAAAGAAUUUUAAUGCUUCUAGUUUUUCAGUCUUGGAAAAAAGUGAAGGGUAAAUGAAAAGACUACACCACCAAAUAAACAUACAGACUGCUGUCAAAUGA